GUACGGCUUUGUGUAUGGGAUUAAACUUGUCGUACAUUAGGACCGCGCGGACAAGUACGUCGAGGGGCCGUGACGUAGCACCGGAGCUGCACGCGGAUCACAGUGUAGGACAUGGCUCAGACGGCGGGACUUGGACGGAAAUAUUUGAAAGCAUUUGUGAGCGGAUUCUUUGUAGCCGUUCCUGUCACAGUGACGGUGUUGGACCGGCUCGCUUACGUGGCGCGGGUGGAAGGUGCAUCCAUGCAGCCCUCGCUGAACCCUGAGGGAGCCUUGUCGUCUGACGUCGUGCUUCUGAACCGCUGGAGUGUGAGGAACUAUGAGGUGCGGCGUGGGGAUAUCGUAUCAGUCGUCCCUCUCUUUAGAACUUCGUCUGAUCCUAUCAGACAUAUCUCAUCCCUCUGCUCUUCCAAGUGUGUCUUUAAGCCCCAAGAUCGUGAUGAACAGUGCAGGCAGUCCGAGCACCAGACGGAGUCAGAAGAAAGGCUUUGGUGGAAUCAGAGUGCAGCUGCUUGAUUGAAGACCUGCUUCCUUCCUACUUUUCUCAGAACAGCUUGUUGAAUACAUCCCUCAAUCAUGCUAGCAUGGAUAGCAAGUAGGAGUGUAACGAUAGACUCCGGACAUUAUUCGAUUCGAUUCAAUUCCCAGAAUAUUUUGAACAAAAUUUGAAUGAAGAGAAAUUACUGACUGAAAAGACUGAAUCAUAAACAAUCCAAAACAAUGUGCAAUUUUGUCUGUAUAAAACUAAACAAAUCUAUAAAUAAAUACAUAAGAAUAAAUACAUCUAUAAAUUCUCGCAAAAAUUUAUAUUCAAUAAACAAACUGUCUGAACUGGGCAGUUUGUGACCUGAAAAUGAUUGACUGAAACAUAAUGAGCUUUGCAGAAGAAAAAAAGCUCUAAAGUCGGCUAAAACUGCCAGAUUUCCACAGCCUCUGGUGUUGUUAAAAAGCUAAUAAAGAGCUCUUUUUAACCUUUAUAACAUGGUUGCAUAACCAUAUAAAGUAUAAUGUGUGUUGGUCAUUGCAAUCCGGAGCUAUCGGGCUAUCAGACUUCACAAGUGCAGAUAUCACAAAGCUCCCCACGAAAGAACAUGAUCAUGUGACCAGUGUGUGCUCUCUAUAUUUUAACUCUAUGGGUUGUGCAGAUUGGGACCACUGCAUGUUUGCCUUGCACUUCCAGGGUUGGGGGUUCGAUUCCUGCCUCCGCACUGUGUGCAUGGAGUUUGCAUGUUCUCCCCAUACUUCGGGGGUUUCCUCCAGGUACUCUAGUUUCCUCCCUCAGUCCAGAGACAUGUAUUGAAGGCCAAUUGGCAUUUCCAAAUUGUCCGUAGGGUGUGUGAAUGUGUGUGUGAUUGUGCCCUGUGAUGGGUUUGCACCCUGUACAUGGUGUCCCCUGCCCUGUGCCCCGAGUUCCCUGGGAUAGGCUCCAGGCUCCCCUGUGACCCUGUGUAGGAUAAGCGGUACAGAAAAUGGAUGGAUGGAUGGUUUCUAGAUGUGAAUCGCACAUUUCCAUGAGGCACAUGUCAAUAUGUAUCGUUACACCCCUACUAGCAAGUAAAAGUAAUGCGGUGUGAUUAGCUCACUUAUGCCACUAUUUGGCUUUUGCAGGUUUUGGGAAUUGUCUGUCUCUGGCCAAGAACCACCUACUUUCACAGGAAGAGUCAUUUGACUGACAUUAUGAACAACCAUUUACUUAACAGUCUUUUCAAGCUAGUGACUGUCUCUUCUACUGAAAUAUUUAUAAUUGUAAUUGUUUCACAAAUGCCUGUCUGUGUGUGUGUGUGUGUGUGUGUGUGUGUGUGUGUAAUACUUUGCUCCACUUCAUUCUUAUUAUGCUAUCAGUGAGACCUCCUGGUAUAAAGAAUUCCUCAACUCUAAAAUUUCAUCUUCACACUAUUGGUAGACAUUAGAUUUUAGCCUCCCAUCUAAUAUCAUGACCAGCCUUCCCUGGAAGUGAAGGGUUAAUAUACAGCAUUGGAUAAUGGUUUAUUAUUAUCCUAUUCCAGCCGGGGCCAGGUGGGUGCUGCCUCAUUUUUCAGAAGCAUGCACUGCAAACUGCUUACUGGCACUUCCUUAUUAGCGACAUUAGCAUUUCAGACUGCUGCAUUCCUUUAAGGCUACAUGUACAAGGAACUGUUCUUAGAUCAGCGGCUAAUGCAACUGACAGCAGAGAAAUUGGAUAGGGAUCCAUCGUUGCCUGGUUAAAUCCCCGUUUAUUAAACAGUGCUAUGUGAGGCCCACGGGUCCCAGCCCGAGACGAGGCAUGGAGGCAGGCAGAUAACAAACAGCGCUGCUCUGCUGCCUUUACCCUCUACAUUACUCCCACUCCAUUGCUCUCUCGCUCCGAGGCAAACGCAGGAAUGGAGGUGCGCACCAGAAUACAGCGGGGGAGUCAAGGGAUCUCGCACCCCAUUUUUUAAAUGUUCUAAACAGUGUCUUGAAAUAACGGUUGGUUUGUGUAGGGGGAUUAUAGCUGUGCUUUUUUUUAAGGCCUUGUAUGGCCUUGCGCUAAUUAGCUGAGCUGUUCCAGCUUUACACCACUGCGUAUACACACACACACACACACACACACACUCUUUGGCGCGCUGUUACUGCUUUCCUUAGGGGAAGGUCUUUCAGAGUCAUGCCACAACUCUCAAUCCUGCAGCCGCUUUCUCUGAACGUUCUUUUGGCUCUUAUAGUGCCCCAUUUCACUCACCACAUCAUCUUGUGACCUGUAUUUUAUUUGUUCUGGCUUGCUUCAUAAAAUAAAAUAUAAAUUAUUUUUUGUCUAGUCUUGAUUUACAUCUGCAGUCCUCCUGAUCUAAUUUAGUUUCUCAGUUGGUAGUGACUCAGUUGUAGAGAACAUGGUUGAGUACAGCGCUGCCAUAUUCAUGUCCUUUCAUUUGUUGUUCACUUAUUUGUCACACGCAGUUGUCUAAAAAGCUUUCCACUAGCGUCCAAAUACGGCUUCUUAUCUCAUUCAUUAACGUCAUGCAGGGACGGUAAAUGUCUAAAUCAAGCAGAAAGCAUUUCCUCCCCGUUUUGUAGACUUCUUGCCCUUCGGAACCGCUUUAUUAUGCCGUGCUGAAUUAUUUAUGGACAAGAAAGACACCCAACCGACCAACUGACUGAGGUGAUGAUGAUCCAAUCAUCCAAGUGUCUGCUAUUAAUGUGUUCUUUUCAGCUUUUCACUCAGGCUUUAUUGUUCUUUUUUUCAGUUGCAGUAAAAGCACUGGGCUUUGGGGAGAUGGGGGUCAAUUUUCUCUCUGCAUUUCCCCUGUAUGGGUUGCACUUAAGAGGACUGAUUAAAUGGAUUAUAAGAAAUGGAUCAUGAAGUGUUGCAGUAAUGGGAGGUUCACAUUCAGCAGUACAGUACAGAUCAGCAUGAAGAGUUCUCAGUGCAAGGCUGUUUCACUUCUAAUUUAUUUCCUGGUACAUUUGAGAGUGUUGCUGUCAAUGAGCUGAAACACACUGUGUAUCUCUCAGUCUUCUCUUUGGUGGUUACACACCUACCUUGUUUGCUGUGGACUAGUCAAACUUUUUCUUUAGUAAGGUUUAUUUUGCCAGAUUGAAACACUCUGUGUGUACAUGCUUGCUCAUCACACUGAACCAUGGUCCACCAAAAAUCAGGGGUCUCGCUCCUCAUCCAAGUGAACCAUCCUGGUUGGAACUUCCACAGCUCCCGGGUUCCCGGUUCGAUCCUGCACUCCUGAGGAGUUGCCCAUCUUUUCUCCAGUUUCCUCCCAACAACCAAAAACACUGACCAUGCAGGGGUUAAGUAGUUCCAAAAAUGAAUAAAUUUUCAGUAGCUGCUUUAUCCUGGUCAGAGUCGCAGUGGAUCCAGAGCGCGAGGUGGGAAUACACCCAGAAACCGCUGUACCCCAAUCUAGUGUUUCACCAGAGAAUGAUGCACAACAACUGUUCUGCAGUCUUGGUGUAAUCCAUUGUGCCAAUACCAAGAAAUAAAGACCACCUCUCCCUGUGGAACAAAAUGUAUUGAUGUCUAGAGCGCAUGUAGAUCAAUGCUUUAAAAGGCUUAAAUGCAUUUUGAAGAAAUAUUCAAUAACUUAAAUGAGCAAGUGGUUAUAUAAGUGCUUAUAAUACAGUAUGCUUACAAUAUAUACAAAGUGCAUGUAUAGUACUGUGCAGAAGUCUUAGGCACAUGCAAAGAAAUGCUGUAGAGCCUUCAAAAAUAAUGAAAUUAAAUGUUUCUACAUUUAAAAAAAUACUAUAAAGAGCAGUAAAUAGUAAAAAUUGAAACAAAAUCAAUAUUUGAUGUGACGACCUUUUGCCUUAAAAAAAGUAGUCUCAGGUACAAUUAGUGCAGUUUUAUAAGGAAAUGAGCUGUAAGUGUUACUGAGCAUCUUGCAGAAGCAGCCACAGUUCUUCUGGAGACUUCGACUGUCACACUCGCUCCUUAUUUUUGCAGCAAAACCCAGCAGCCUUCAUUAUGUUUUUGUCUAAAAAAGUGGUCUCUUAUGUAAUGUGCCGCUUUCUUUACUGACAUAUAAAUGUUCUUUUGUGUAACAUUUAAUUUUGUGCUGGAAAACUAAUGUUUGGAAAUCUAAAAUGUUUUUGUAGUGACUAGAUAAUGUAAAAGUCAUAAAAUAAAAAUCUAUAACAAACUUUGUACUAAAAAAAAAUAAUAAUAAUAGGGUGCCUAAGACAUUUGCACAGUACUUUACAUGUGUGUGUGUGUGUGUGUGUGUGUGUGUGUGCAUCAGAGAAAUUGGUUUGUUGAUUGAAGUGUAAUUUUGGCACAUGAGAGCUGGUAGGUGACAACUGUAAAUAAUUUUUUUAUUCUCUAAUAAAAUGCACUUGCAUGUGCUGUAGAGAUAAAACAACUUUGAACACCAGAAAGCGGUGUCUCUUAGAAAAAACUUCAUGACUUGUCAAAGAACACCCACACAUGCAAAUAAUUCGCUGCACUUUAAACUCAUUGCAGUGUGAAACCAGCCGAACCAAAUGAAAGAAAAACAAUGUCACAACCAGUCAAACUGUGGUGCGGGCUUUACCAAAAGCACUUGUGCAAACAGCUUGCACUGGAACUAAUAAUCAGGACUAAAAGGAACUGAACUUGUUGUUCAGGUUGUAAUUAAUAUUGCGAUAUUCUGAUCCUUGACAUUUUCACCAUAGUAGAUAUGUAUCAUGAUAUUUAGUUUUGGCUGAGGUUUGGACGAGAAGACUGAACAAGAAAGCCACAUUAUUAAAAACUAGAUAACUCAAAUGAGUUAUUUAAUUUAUUGUUUAUGCCAUAUGAAUUUCUUUAUUAAAAACAAGGAACAGAUUACAAAUAUUACAUUAACUAACUAUUAACUACUUGUUUCUGUGCAUAAUUUUGGAAAAUGUCAGUGUCAUCAAAGUACUUACUGUAUAAUGCUAACAAUACUCUCUGGAAAGAUCAUCACUGAAUAAUUUAUUGCAGUAUCCAUGUAUCCUAUAUGGCCAAAAGUAAGUGGAGUCCUGACCAUCACACCUGUAUGUGCUUGCUGAGCAACCCCUUGCUUUCUUUGGCUGUUAUAACAGCAUCCACUCCUCUGGGAAGGCUUCUCACUAGAUUUUGGAGUGUGUCUGUGGGGAUUAGUGUUCAUUCAGCUACAAGAGCAUUAGUGAGGUCAGGUACUGAUGUCAGGUGAGGUGGCCUCGGGCGCAGGCAGUGUUCCAGUUCAUCCCAAAGGUGUUCAGAGGGGUUGAGGUCAGGGCUCUGUGCAACACGCUUGAGUUCUUCCACUCCAACCGUGUCUUCAUGGACCUCACUUUGUGCAUUGGGGCAUUGUCAUGCUGGAACAUGUGUGGGCCUCUUAGUUCCAGUGAAGGAAAAUCCAUAAUUGUUAAAAAAAAAAAAAAAAAAAAAAAAAAAAAAAAAAAAAGAAAGUUUAAGGAGGCCCACAUAUGGAGGACAUGGUCAGGUGUCCACAUGCUGGUAGUUGUAUUGUGUAUCAUUAUAUUAUCUACCUAUAAUGUAAUGUCAGACAAACGUUAGAAAUUUUUACUAAUAAUAAGGUCUAGAUGCCAUAAUCUUCAUUUACUCAGCAUGAGAUGGUUACUAGAAUGUUCUAUAAGAUGUAUAAGAGCUCCCAGAAAAAAAAUGAGUCACAUCCAGCAAAAGAACUGCCUUAUUGUGCAAUUUCAAUAGUUUGCACACCUGGACAAAUGUUCACAACUUGGCAGUUUUUGGCCAGAAACUGAGGUUGCCUUUGUGCUGCAGUGUCAGAGUUGUCUCCAAGCAGAACACAGUAGACUCCAGGAUGACACUGAUGUCAACACUGAUGUUCCAGGAUGACAACUAUAGGGUGCACAGGGCCACAUAUGUGUGUGACUUGUCUGACGAGCAUGAUGAAAUAAGGAGACACUUUGACUGGCCUGCAAAAUCGCCAGACCGCAGUCUGUUAGAAAACUUAUUUGGAAGAGCAGGUGGAACACCAAAAUAGUCCCACCAGACUGAAUCUGAAAGACACCCAGGUGGUGGAAGAGUGGACUAAACUUGACAGGAAGACAUUUUCAAUGCACUGGUGGAAUCCUAACCUGUCAUGAUUGGUGCUGUCAUAUUUUUUUUCAAAAAGCGUGUGACUAAUGUAUUGUCCAAAAUUUUUUGCCUCUAUUGUGUUUGACCCAUUCCUCUUGUGUAGUUCAGAAGCAGAGGCGGUGAUGUGGAAGGAACACUGCAGCUGAAAUUCACAGCAGGAUACUGAGCAUCUCCAUACCCGCUGCAUUGCUUCGCUCUAAAAACCACACACACACACGCAUACACACACCAGUUAUGUUCCGUUUCUAUAUGGAAUGGACUCCAUGUGCCUUGCAGCAGUGUGUGCCAUGCUGGGAAACUAGUGUACCACUCAAAUGCUAUUAGUGUGUUCAAUCAAAGCAAAUGUGCCUCUUAAUCCACCACCAUGUGAUGCUGUUAGUCAUGAGAGCAGCUUCAGCAUCUUUCACAUAGGUCCCCAUUCCAAAAGCUUUGAAACUGAGCUUCAUAAUGUCUGCAUGAUAAUACCAAGAUCAUAAUGGAGGGUUUCUGCAUUUGCCAAGAAACACUACAAAAUGACAACAGAAAAGAAAAUUAUCACAUCCCAAAUCUGACAACACAAAAUAGAGGGAAAUUUUCUCACUGCAAAAACAUUUUUGCUGUUUUCUCACAACACAAAAGUUUUCUCCUAACAAAUGUUUUCUCACAACACAAAAGUUUUCUCCUAACAAAUGUUUUCUCACAACACAAAUGUUUUCUCUCAGUGGAAACGUUUUCUCUGGAAAAUAGGAAUUAUAAAAAAAAAUGGAACUGUUUUCUCACAAAAGAAAUGUGAAAGUGUUUUCUAACAGCACAAUUGUUUUCUCACAGAGGUAAUGUUUUCUCACAAAACAAAAAUAUCAUACAUUUACUCAGAAUUUCAAAAAGUUUUCUCACAACGAAACCGUUUUCUCACAACGAAACCGUUUUCUCACAACAAAAUGAAAGCCUUUAUUAUCAAUGUAUAUCUCUGUAUACAACAAAAUUAGGAACACAAACAAAACACCAAACAGAACAGCAAAGAGCCGCUGCGUCCAUGCGCGCCGCCAUCUUGCCAUCAGACCGUUUUCUCACAACGAAACCGUUUUCUCACGAUGGAAACUUUUUCUCACAACAAAACCGUUUUCUCACAAUGGAAACUUUUUUUCACAAUAGAUCCAUGUUCUCACAAUGGAAAUGGUUUCUUACAGUGAAAACAUUUUUUUUUUCACAACGGAAAGUUUUCUCACAAUGGAAUUGCCUUCUCACAACACCUUGUCUCCCAAGGCAAAUAUUUUUAAAUAUAAAACAGAAGUGUUUUCUCACAGCAUUUAUAGAAGGUGGCCAUCCUGUUUCUACUGCUGUAGAGCACAACUCCAAAGGCAACUGAUGUAUUUCUCUUAAAAACAUAAACAAAGCAGCAAAUCCAGAUGUGAGAUUAACAGGCAGUCAAGAGCUUUUUUUUUUUUUUUAAUUCAUACUGCAUCAGAGAAGCACAGAGCCUAAAUGAUGAGCUUUAUUCAGUAAACAUAUUGUGCAAAUGUCCAUAUUGAGCCGCCAGGAUAUUGAUAACAUGCAUUACCUUUGUACAAGAUUAAAUAAAGUUUGUGUAAGCUUAUUGUGCGUGUGAUCGCUUUCCGCGUGGAUAGUUUGAAAGGCACCUUGAUUAACAGCAGUGAUGCAUUAACAGCAAAACGCCCUGCAUUUAAACACAUUUAAAAUAAAUGAUGACAUUUCUAAAGCUCUAACUUAUUUUUAUGAAUAAUUAAUGAACAAAUUUUAAUUAAUCUUAAAUGAACAAUUUAAACAGAAUAAAACAUGAGUAUUAAAACGUAGCUGUACACACACAAACCAAAGCCAAUACAAAUAUACAAACUCACUCAGUAGAACAAGGUUGGAGGUGAUGAGGUGAGAUGAUACAAGUCAGCUUCUUAGGUUUAAAUAGUGACACAAACAGCACCGUAUAGCGUAGAGUAUAGAGCAGUGUAUGGUGUAUAGAGCAGCACCGAGAGAAUAGCCUAGAGUAUAGUGUAUAGCACAGCACAUAGAGAAUAGCGUAGAGUAUAGAGCAGUGUAUGGUGUAUAGAGCAGCACCGAGAGAAUAGCGUAGAGUAUAGUGUAUAGCGCAGCACAUAGAGAAUAGCGUAGAGUAUAGAGCAGUGUAUGGUGUAUAGAGCAGCACCGAGAGAAUAGCCUAGAGUAUAGAGCAGUAUAUGGUAUAUAGAGCAGCACCGAGAGAAUAACGUAGAGUAUAGUGUAUAGCGCAGCACAUAGAGAAUAGCGUAGAGUAAAGAGCAGUGUAUGGUAUAUAGAGCAGCACCGAGAGAAUAGCGUAGAGAAUAGCGUAGAGUAUAGAGCAGUGUAUGGUGUAUAGAGCAGCACCGAGAGAAUAGCGUAGAGUAUAGAGCAGUGUAUGGUAUAUAGAGCAGCACCGAGAGAAUAGCGUAGAGUAUAGUGUAUAGCACAGCACAUAGAGAAUAGCGUAGAGUAUAGAGCAGUGUAUGGUGUAUAGAGCAGCAGCGAGAGAAUAGCGUAGAGUAUAGUGUAUAGCGCAGCACAUAGAGAAAAGCGUAGAGUAUAGAGCAGUGUAUGGUGUAUAGAGCAGCACCGAGAGAAUAGCGUAGAGUAUAGAGCAGUGUAUGGUAUAUAGAGCAGCACCGAGAGAAUAGCGUAGAGUAUAGUGUAUAGCGCAGCACAUAGAGAAUAGCGUAGAGUAUAGAGCAGUGUAUGGUGUAUAGAGCAGCACCGAGAGAAUAGCGUAGAGAAUAGAGCAGUGUAUGGUAUAUAGAGCCGCACCGAGAGAAUAGCGUAGAUUAUAGUGUAUAGCGCAGCACAUAGAGAAUAGCGUAGAGUAUAGAGCAGUGUAUGGUGUAUAGAGCAGCACCGAGAGAAUAGCGUAGAGUAUAGAGCAGUGUAUGGUAUAUAGAGCCGCA